AAAUCGGAAAACAAGAUAACCAAAACUCUAUAUUACAAAAUGUUUCUUCUUUCACUGAUAAUUCGUUACAUCUUCUGAAACUUGCACCCUCAUAAAACAUCCCGAAUCGGAGCUCCGGCAACCUCUCGGGUUUGACCCGAUUCAUCAAACUAUAUUGCAGAUAUUUGAGUGACCAUGGCUGAGACAGAUCUUCCUAUGAUGAUCAAAAGUGUACCAUCCCUGAUUGAACAAUUGGUGAAGGCAUUAAAUGAUCUUCAAUCUCAUGAAGAUGCCUCCAUAGAUAAGGAUUUACUCAAGGAUAUUGAAGGACAUUUCCGGGAUCUAGAGGCCUCAGUACUGAACAAGUCGUUGGAACUGGACAUUAGAGAGAAGGCCUUUAAGGAACAAGAAUCUGAUACUCAUCUGCUGAUUUCUUCACGAGAGGCAGAUAUCGCUGCAAGGGAACAAAAUUUGUGGGAUCACUUGCAAGAACUUAAAGAUGCCGCAGUGUCUGCAAUUGUUGCAGCACGGGGAGAUCCUCAAGUGGCAUCUCUUGAACAUACAGAUGUAGAGGACAGCAAAGACAUUGAGGUAAGCAGCUCUCUUGGUGAACCAAAUGCACUUCAUACUGGCUCAGAGGUAAAAUCCUCUGGCAAAGCUGCUGAAAAUGCUGAUGGUGUUUCUGGUAAGGUCAAACCUCGACCAGAACUGACACAAUUAUGUGAGCAGAUGGAUGCAAAAGGGCUUCUGCAUUAUAUUAUGGAAGAGAGUAAAAAGAACAUGACCUCAAUUUCUGAGGAACUCUCCGUUGCCCUUGAUGGUGCAACUGAUCCAGUCCGUUUGGUACUGGCUUCACUUGAGUUCUUCUACUCUAAUGAUGAAUCUAACAUCCAAAGCUUGCGCCAAGCCUGCCUUGUUUGUAUGGAAGCCAUAGCCACCUUGUUGGCCAAGGCUAAACCAGGUGCUGAUCACCUUCUGUACCCUGGAAUUAAGCAGCAAGCCAAGGCCAUUGCUGAUGAAUGGAAGCCUAAGUUGGCUACUGCAGGCACUGAUGCUGCCAAUCGAGCUUCAUUGGAAACUGAGGCAUUUUUGCAGCUCCUUGCAACUUUUAGGAUUGCUUCAGAGUUUGAUGAAGAAGAGCUCUGCAAGCUUGUUCUUGCAGUGGCUCACAAUAGGCAGGCACCUGAGCUCUGCCGUUCUCUUGGCUUAGCACACAAAAUGCCAGAUGUCAUUGAAGCAUUGAUUCAUAAUGAGAAGCAAAUCGAUGCUGCUUGUUUUAUUCAUUCUUUCGAGCUGACUGAAAGAUUUCCACUGGUCCCGCUCCUGAAAGGCUAUUUGAAGGACUUGAGACGAAACGCACAAGGGAAGGGAGGUAACUCGGGGAAUGCAGAGGAACUUGGAGCUGUAAAGGCAAUAGUACGGUGCAUUCGAGAUUACAAGCUUGAAGCAGAAUAUCCACUUGAGCCACUACAGAGAAGGGUUGCUCAGCUGGAGAAAGCCAUUUCUAAUGACAAAGACAAGUCUAAUGAUAAGAAAAGACAUUCUGGAUCAGGUAAACACCAGCAAUUCAAGAGACCACGACCGUAUGGAUCUAAUAGACAUGCUAACGUUCCUAGCAGGCAGCCCGUGUCUGCUUUAAUUGCGAUGGCUAAUAAUCCAAGCAGACAGGUCCCCUCUGCUUUUGUUGAGAGAGCAACUUAUGCAGGAUUGCCCAAUAAGUAUGCUUAUCUCAGUACAUCUUAUGAUCAUCAACCUCCAAGUCAAGCCGCAUAUCCCCAGCAAUCCUAUGAGCAGACAUCAUAUUAUUAUCCAGCUGAUGAGGGCAUUACUGCAAAUACUUAUACAGCUCCCCCACCAUCCAGCUAUGGCAGUUAUGCAGGUGCCGCAUUGCCAACAGCAGAUGAGAGAAUUAAUGCAAGUUCUUAUACACCUUCUGUUCCAUCUAGUUAUGUCAAUUAUGCUGGUAGCGGAAUGCCAACAGCACACCAACCCUACAUGUAAUAGACAGACUAGUAACGAGCAUUGUUUGUAGUAACAGGUUUUUCUUGCGAAGACAUAGUAGAUCACUAUCCUGAUAAUUUGCUACCCAUAAUAAUAUUUUUGGCUUGACUAA